CUAAUUCUUAUCAAGUGUGUCAUCUUUUGUUGACAAUUUAAAAAGUUGACACCAAAGAAGCUAUGAACAACUUUAGGCAGGGAUUGAGUUGGCAAGGUAAAAUAUGAAAAUUUAAAAAGACAAGCAGUGUGAAGAUAAAAGAGAGAAAUUAUAAUAUACAUUCUUAAAAGGAGAAGGGAAAUAAAGCACAAGGAAAGCAUCUUUGUGCAAUUGUCACAGCAGAAGCACUUGAGCCAAGCCACCUUUGCUUUCUUGCAGCUUCAAAUCUGCCUUUCACGUCCUGUUUUACUCACUUUUUCUCUACUUUCACAUUGCUGCACAUUCAAGAAAGAACUUAUCCUUUCAAAUAACCCCAUUCAUUAAGUUAUUACAUCAUUUUCACACAAACCUAGUAAAAACAAAUUAAACUAUUUUCUAUUUACCAUUUAGGAUUCCAUGUUUCAUACCAAGUAACUGUUCUCAUGUGUUGGAAUCACUCAUAAUUACAAUCUCUCCAUCAUAAAGCAUGUAAUGUGAGCUAACAAGAGGCUUUUAGUCUAUUCUUUUCUGUUUUCCUUUUCCAUAUUAAGAUUACUACUGCUAAAGCUCAUGUAGCUUCUUCAUCAUAUUAUUCCUUUCUUAAGCCAAGGUAGUGAGGAGUUCUAUUGUGUAGGAAAGUGAGACAACCACCACUUUGUUUUCUUCUGUCUUUUGCCUUCUUAAGUAGAAUUUGGUUGCUUCAGAAUCGAAUAUUGGGUUACUUGUUGACAGCCAUAUAAGCUUUAGCUUGCUGUGACAUACACACAUUGCAUUUGCUGAAGGUAGUUUUGGAGAUCAUUGACGCUCAUGAAAUUAUGCCCAAAAAGAGAUCACAAGUGCAUUUGUUGAAGUAGAGUUUGAAUACCAAUUAAGAAAAACCAGAAUUAUCCUAAAGAACCUGAACCCCACUUGGAAUCACAAUCUGUUAUUCCAUUUGGAUGCAACAAAACCUUCCUUCUAACUUUCCUACUUCAGAAUUAGAAAACCUCUCAUCUCCAAUUUCACCAAAAAGUACAAGAAUGCAAAUGCAACACUACCAAUCUUCCUCAUUGUCCAUUCCCAGCCACAUAAAAUAUUGACCUGUCUGACAUAACAUCAAAAGCUGAUCACAAAGAGGACACCCCAAAAUCAAUCACAAAAGAAGCUGAGAAAGUAAACUCAGCUGCAGUGUAGUGGCAUUGAUACUGGUCAAGAUCUAAAAGAAAGUACAGAGUCUGUCCUAGGUUUAACACAGCAACUACACAAACACCAAGCAGCAGCAGCAGCAGCAGCAGCCAAUGAUUUCAAUAAAGAGAAGACAAAGAGUUGCUCCAGCCACAAUGCACUCAGUUGGUCCUCAAGCUCAUCCCAGUAGGCAAGAUGAAGAGUACAAUCUGAGGGAGACCGAUCCACAGCUCGGGGGGGAGCGGUGGCCAAAUGCCAGAAGAGGGUGGAUGACUGGUGGUGAAAGAUUCUCAAGCACACAUGACCUUGUUGAGCAGAUGUUUUUUCUGUAUGUAAGGGUAGUGAAAGCCAAGGAUCUUCACCGCAGCACUCUUACCUCAAGAUGUGAUCCUUAUGUGGAAGUGAAGCUGGGGAACUACAAAGGGAGAACAAAGCACAUAGAGAAUAAAACAAACCCAGAAUGGAACCAAGUCUACGCUUUCUCCAAAGACAGAAUUCAAUCUUCUGUUUUGGAAGUCAUAGUGAAAGACAAAGAAAUGUUGGGAAGAGAUGAUUGUAUUGGAAGGGUGGCAUUUGAUCUCAACGAGGUUCCAACCAGAGUUCCCCCGGAUAGUCCACUGGCUCCUCAGUGGUACAGAAUCGAUGACCGGCGAGGAGGUGGUGAUAUCAUGCUUGCAGUGUGGAUGGGAACUCAAGCUGAUGAGGCCUUCUCAGAGGCUUGGCAUUCUGAUGCUGCCACUGUGUAUGGAGAAGGUGUUUUCAAUGUCAGAUCAAAGGUUUAUCUGUCACCAAAGCUGUGGUAUCUCAGGGUGAAUGUCAUUGAAGCACAAGAUGUGAUACCAAGUGACAGAAACCGGUUGCCAGACGUGUUUGUCAAGGCUCAGAUGGGGAACCAAGUGCUGAAGACCAAGAUAUGUCCAACUAGAACAACCACACCAAUUUGGAACGAAGAUUUGGUCUUUGUGGCUGCUGAACCAUUUGAGGAGAAGUUGACAAUCACUGUGGAGGAUCGCGUGCACCCUUCAAAAGAUGAAGUACUUGGGAAGAUAGUCUUGCCACUGACCCUCUUUGAGAAGCGGCUAGACCACAGGGCAGUUCAUUCGCGCUGGUUUAAUCUUGAGAAGUUUGGUUUUGGAAUGAUGGAAGCUGAUAGGAGAAAUGAGCUCAAAUUUUCAAGCAGGAUUCACCUACGAAUUUGCCUUGAAGGUGGAUACCACGUCCUUGAUGAGUCCACUUUGUACUCAAGUGACCAAAGACCAACAGCUAGACAGCUAUGGAAGCAGCCUAUCGGGGUACUUGAAGUAGGCAUCUUAGGAGCACAAGGACUCCUCCCAAUGAAGAUGAGGGAUGGCCAUGGCAGCACAGAUGCAUACUGUGUGGCAAAGUACGGUCAAAAAUGGGUCAGAACCAGAACAAUUCUUGACACUCAUAGUCCAAAAUGGAAUGAGCAAUACACAUGGGAGGUUUAUGAUCCAUGCUCUGUGAUAACACUUGGUGUUUUCGACAACUGCCAUUUAGGUGGGGGUGAAAAAGCCACUGCAGGCACUGCAGCCAGGGAUUCAAGAAUUGGAAAGGUAAGAAUUAGACUCUCAACACUUGAAGCUCAUAGGAUAUACACUCAUAGUUAUCCACUUCUUGUUUUGCACCCUCAUGGUGUCAAGAAAAUGGGUGAGCUUCAGCUAGCCGUGAGGUUCACUAGCCUCUCACUGGCUAACAUGGUUUACAUUUAUGGUCAACCAUUGCUUCCAAAGAUGCAUUACUUGCGCCCUUUCACAGUAAACCAGAUAGAGAGUUUGAGGUACCAAGCCAUGAACAUUGUGGCCGGGAGGCUUGGAAGAGCUGAACCUCCCCUGAGGAAGGAGGUGGUGGAGUACAUGUUGGAUGUUGACUCCAACAUGUGGAGCAUGAGAAGAAGCAAAGCCAACUUCUUCCGCAUCAUGUCACUUUUCUCUGGCAUCAUCACAAUGGGGCAGUGGUUUAGCCAAGUUUGCCAUUGGAAGAACCCCAUCACAUCCGUCCUGGUUCACAUUCUCUUCCUCAUACUCAUUUGCUACCCUGAAUUGAUGCUUCCAACUUUGUUCCUCUACAUGUUCUUGAUCGGCCUGUGGAACUAUAGGUUUAGGCCUAGAAACCCACCCCACAUGGACACAAAACUCUCAUGGGCAGAAGCAGUUCACCCUGAUGAACUUGAUGAAGAGUUUGACACAUUCCCAACUUCUAGACCGCAUGAUGUGGUGAGAAUGAGGUAUGACAAGCUUAGAAGUGUUGCUGGAAGGAUCCAAACAGUGGUUGGGGACAUAGCAACUCAGGGAGAGAGGUUUCAUUCUCUACUGAGUUGGAGAGACACCAGAGCCACCAGCCUCUUCGUAGUGUUCAGUUUGUGUUCAGCUGUGGUUCUCUACGCAACUCCACCAAAAGUGGUGGCUAUGGUAACAGGUUUGUAUUAUCUAAGGCACCCAAAGUUUCGUAGCAAACUUCCUUCUGUACCCAGCAAUUUCUUCAAGAGGCUUCCAGCUAGAACAGAUAGCAUGCUGUGAUGCAUAGGAAAGAGUUCACUAUGCAUUUUAUUCAUUUGGUGGAGCUUUACUUUUAAUGUAACUUAAUGGAAUUUCUGUUAUUCAAGAUCAAUGUUCUCAUUUGACGAUGUUAGAUACCUGAUUCAGAUCAGCAUCACUGAAUUUAACCUGUCUAACAAAACUGAAAUGGUUGAUAUUUGUAUCAUAGUCUCACAGUUCUGUAAACUUACCUAGUCAAUAUCAAUGAUAACACAGCAGUCUAAUUAUGCAA